UAUAAAUCGGUGCAUCCGGGUUCGUUUUCCAUGUAAACAUAUACGUUGUCUUAGUAUACAUGAUAUCGCAUAUAUAAAGAAGGUCACUUCAACUAUUACAGGUUGUCUGCGAUAUCAUCUAUUUCACGCACUCCAUCUGCAGACUACGUCCUACUCCAAUAUAAACAUUAUUUUAUAUACCUGUAUCAACACUGAAUACAGUCAUGGUGAAGAUCUGGCUUCGAGAUUCUGAUGAAUCGAAUCCAUCUCUUCCUCACCAAACAUCUCCACCGAUAUUCCUAAGUACUGAUGAAUUAUUUCAACGAACUGGUGUCAAAUAUAUCCAGGUAUCGGACGAUGCUUGUGAUGAUGAAAAUCAGCUAAAAGAACUAAGAAUAAAACAUGGAUAUGAACACUAUGAUUGGUUGGAGAUUAUUCCCGACACCACAGAAGAGCAUGCAAAAAGAAUGGCCAGAUUUUAUGAGGAACAUCUACAUGAGGAUCCUGAAAUACGUCUAAUAACAUCAGGGAACGGUUAUUUUGAAAUCCGUGACACAGAAGAAAAAUGGAUACGUAUUCACAUGACUCGUGGUGACUUGAUUGACCUACCACCAGGAAUAUAUCAUAGAUUUACUUUGGACACAAACGGAUAUAUCAAAAUGCUGAGACUAUUUUCUGAGAUUCCUAAAUGGUCUGCUGUAAACAGAUGUGAAAAUGACGCUCAUCCUGCUCGUACCAGAUAUGAACAGUUUAUGAAAGAAGCUGUCACAGUUUAAACGUUGUCACAAUCUUGGUCAUGUCCAUUAUUUUAUUUUAAUUUUAAAACUAUUGCACAACAUGUUGGGUUUAUUUUUACUGUAAAAACUGUUUAUACUAUACUUAUUAAACAUACAUUAUGCAAGAGCUAAAUCUGCCUAUUGCAGGUCUUUCUUUAGGCCUGAAAUGUUAUCUAAAUUAUUAAUUAGACAUUAGCCUGCGAUAUUUACUGGAUUAGGAUCCGAUUAAAUCAUGAAAUGGAUAAUCGAGACUGUUUUUAUCGUACCUACUUUAGUUAUGAUGAUCGAGGCUAGGCCGAAAUUUCAAUCGCUAAAUUCUCGGUUCAGUGUAUAUCAAUUUGACUGAAAUUUUCAGCAAAUACCCUUUAAGUUAUCUGGUUUUUAAAUAUUAUAGUGAGAAAUGCCAGCCCUUUAUCUAAUCUCCCAUAAUCUAUCUUUAAGCUUAUUACCUAAAAAAAAUUGUAACAGUAAUAGAUAGGCUUGCGUGCAGUUAAAGAUACCAGAAUUGUUAAAAACUUUCUUUUCAGCAAACUCAUAACAAUGGCGGCUUGGAAUCAACAAAAACUAUUUAAUAAACUUCAAAUAAUGGCCUUAUCGUCAGUCAUUAUUGAUUGGGUUGAAUAAUUUUUGGAUCAAUAUGUUAUUUAAUAAGAAUAUUCUUUAUGGCGUAGAGUCUAGAACUUUAUAUUGAACUUUUAUUCUGACGUGUUACCUCUUUAAUUAUAGUUAUUACAAUUGGGUAAAAAAAAAAAACCACUAUACAACACGGAAAUGGGGUUUAACGUCCUAGAUUUCUGUACCAACCGGGGUAAUGAAGGCAGGAAUAUUUAAUAUUCAGCUUAUAACAAGAACGAAUAAAAUGUAUUUAAAAAAAUGUCUUGGUAGAGUUGUGUUAUCUGAGGAUAAAUGAAUGAAGUAUGUACGCUUUCCUAUUAUGAGUAUGGUGUGUCUAUAAAUGUUUUGUUUUGUAAGGCUGGUUUUUGGUAACAUUUUAGAUAUUUUAUUUUUAUUAAACUGUUGGAAUAAGGGGUCUAAAGUUCUGUUCUGUUGAAACCACUAUAUGUACGUCACGUUAAACCCGAAAUGAAAUGAAAUAAGGUUUAACGUCCUACUUUGCUGCACCAAUCGGGCUAGCGAAAACGGCCAUACGCCAUGUAAAGUACUGGGAGGGAAAUUUUGUCCGGACAACGGCGCUAUGGCCUACUCAUAUUUCUAACUUCAACUCUCAAAGGCUCUUGACGUGCACGCCAACAUGUAGGCCUACACCAGACUUCGGUUUUUCGUCCCACCCGAAAAACGAAACACUCCUGCAUCACUGACAAGGAGAAACCAAGCUGGAAUUUUCUCGACCCCCACACCGUGAUCGAACUCCAGACCGCCUGGUUAGUUAGCCAGCGCCUUACCCACUGAGGCACCGCGGCUCCUAAACGCUUAAGUGUAAUACUUUGAUCCUUGAGACAAUUUGGGUUCUUUGGAAAAUUGUUGCUUCACUCUGUCUAUAGAGUCAAAUCACACGUACUUAAUGAACAUGAAUUUAUAGUUAUACAUAAAAAAAAAACCCAGUGAUAUUUUGGUUAAAUCAUAAUCAUUGUCAAGAUAUCCACCAAAUUCUGGCUGUUAAUCGACCUAUGGUUGGUAGACCAAAUAAGGUAAUGUCUCCUCAUUUAGUCGUGUGAAAUAAAGUGGUUUGUUUCAUAUAUGGGGGGGGGGGGGUCACGUGGCUAAGUGGGUAAGACGCUGGCUCGCUAGCCUGGAGGUCGGGUGUUCGAUCCCUGCAUUGGAAGGAGGGUCUGACAAGGACAGCUGUCUAGUCGUUCGGAUUGGACGAAAAACCGAGGUCCCGUGUACAAAUUGGCGUGCAAUGAAUGGGAAAUGCGGUAGUAGAGCGUCAAAUUUUAUUUUAUUUUUUAUUUGUGGGUUUCCCGGUCAGUGUAAUAUAGGCGUGAGCAGAACACGGCACAUCCAAUUCAUACAUGACAAAGUUAUUCGAAAUUCAAGGAGCCACAGUGGCUAAGUGAGUAAGACGCUGGCGCGCUAGCCUGUAGGUCGCGGGUUCGAUCCCGGUGAUGGGCCGAGAAACUUUCCGGUUUGGUUUCGCCUUGUCGGUGGUGUAGGACGGAGGCCCUGACAAGGACAGCUGUCUAGUAGUUCGUAUGGGACGAAAAACCGAGGUCCCGCGUACACAUUGGUGUGCACGUGAAAAGAUCCCUUGGCAGUUGGAAUUCGAUACAAGAGUAGGCCGUAGCGCCACUGUCCGGGCAAAAUUUCUCUCAUUUCACACUGUAUGGCGGAUGUCUGUCUUCAUUAGCCCAGUCGGGGCAGAACAAUAAAUUGGAGUGUUCUAGUGACAAUAUAUAGCGAACACCGAAACACAAAAAACACACGGCGGGAGUUCUGGGUGGCCAACCCUAAUAAAUUUGGAAAAUGGAACGUUGUAAAUGUCAUUUCCGACACUUUCGGGAGCUGGACCCCAUAGAUUAAAAUUAUUGAGCCUGAGCGGGGAGGGUGGGUGGGGGCCCUAGCUCCUAAUUCAUCCCAGCCCUAUCCCCCUCUUGGAUCAGCGCCUGAGAGUCAUCUUAAGACUUGUUUUAAAGAAAAAUAUGGGAUCCAUUUGGUAGGGCAGUGACACAUUGAAUGGGCAAGCAUAAUUUCAUGGGUAUGCCUCCUCCAUGGUUGGCGUUUUUCGGGGAUUAGGGGAGGGUCGAGGCAAAUAGUGAUGGAGCAAGCACGUAGUAAAGGGGGGGAAAGUCCGUAACCGGAGUUUAAGUACUGAGUAUUUUAAUUAGGUUAUUUACAUAUAAAGCAGUAAUAAAAAUAAUGAUUAAAAACCUAAUAAAAAAUUCAUGCAUAUCAAAAGGUUGGUUUAAAACACGGUGUCGUGAAGAAAAUCCGAGUUUAUGCAUUUUCAGUUUAAGGGAGUUAACUCGUGUUUUAUCUGGAGAUCAAUUACCACUAAAGGUAUGAAAGGUGUUCGGUUAGUAACUACCUAGUAAAUAUCUCUAACUGUUAACCUGUAUUGAUCAUGCGCAUCGACUACCUGUCUUUAGUGUUAGUUGAUAUCACGUGAUUAGAAACGGCCCAAUUUUAUCACGAAUUUGCGUUUUCACCAACUUGACGUAAAAAUAUCAUGCAACUUCUGAAAAAAUAAUGGAUUUUGACUAUCAGAUAUGAAUUUAUAAUGUGCUCACAGGGUGUUGGAUAGAAUAAGAAAACCAGAUUUAAGUAAAGGAAAUCAAAAUGGCUGACGAAUAUAACCCUGGAUCAAGUGGAGAUGGCUAUUACUUUAACUAUCGUAAAACAUUACAUGAUCCCAUUCAAGCCAAAACUUGCUACUUUUACAAAGAUAAUGAUUAUAAACAAGCUGCUGCCAAGGUUGCGAUUCAUCCUAAAAGAUACAGAAAGUUUGAUAAUUUACUGUCUGAACUUACACGUUUGAUACCAUCUUUACCGUUUGGUGUACGUAGUGUUUAUACCCCUCGAGGUCGAUCUCAUAUUUACAACACAGACAGUCUUAUGCAUGAAGGCCGUUAUAUUUGUUCCACACAUGGUCAUUUUGCCCGUGGAGUAGAUGUAGCCAGAGUUUGUCCUCCAGAUACGUGGCACUUAGCGAAGCCUGCUAGUGGACAGCGGCAAUUAAAUGUGCUACUACAAGAACAUGAAUAUGAUGAAUUCUCAAGGGCUAAAAGGAGACGUUUGGCGCGAAGUGGUGGAAUUAUUUACAGUGGGAAAAGACCAAAGAAAAUUACUGUGAUGCGUAAUGGAGACCCUUCUUUCAGACAUUUAAUGCUAUUGAAUCGUAAAACAGCCCAAACAUUUGAUCAAGUUAUGGAAGAUAUGAGUGAUAUGUUUAAAUUUGCCGUCAGGAAACUUUACACGAUUGAUGGCAGACGGAUUACAAGUUUAGCUCAACUUUUUAAUGGUCCUGAUGUUCUGGUAGUUGCUGGUCAUGAACAGUUUAAAGCUAUGGUUGGUUUUAUGUAUACACCCAUGCCACCAUCAACACGUGGAGGUUCUUUACGUAGUGCACGAGAUAUAAAUACCAGUAAUAAACGUCGCACCAGAAGAGACAGAUUGAUAAAAUCAAGAGGAAAAUGGAGAGUUAGUGUUGUUACAGGAGAUGAACCAUCAGCCGGUACCUCGGCUCAAGUCAUUCUUACAAUAUAUGGUCAAAAAGGCAAUUCUGGUCCACUCAAUCUUGGAGAUCCUGAUGGCAAUUACUUUGAAAGUGGUAACUCCAAUGAUUUUGAGAUAUUUGCUCCUGGUAUUGGUGAGAUCUAUAAGAUUCGUAUUGGACAUGAUGAAACAGGAAGUCAUCCAGCAUGGUAUUGUGAGGAGGUCCGACUAUCAGAUGUUGAUACAGGAGAAGAGUUGGUAUUUGUUUGUCAAGAAUGGAUGGAUAGUGAACGUGGUGAUCAGGAGACAUGUAGAGAAAUACCUGUUAAACGCAAGGGUGAACCAACAUUACCAGUUGUGACUUACGAAGCUACAGUAACUACUGGAGAUUUGUGGAAUUCUGGUACCCAUGCCAAUGUCUAUCUGACUAUAUAUGGUGAUCGAGGAGACACAGGUGUGCGUCAGUUAAAACCUGCUAAGGCAAAUAGUUUUCAACAAGGACAGAGUGAUGUUUUUCAAAUAGAGGCAGUAUCACUGGGUAGAUUGAAGAGAAUUAUAGUAGGCCAUGAUGGAACUGGACAAGGUAAUGGUUGGAACUUAGAGAGAAUUGUCGUUAAAGAUCCCAUUAAAAAUGAAUAUUUCAAUUUUUACUGUGGAAAAUGGUUAGAUGAAGGAGAGGAUGAUGGUAAAAUUGUUCGUGAAAUUCAGGCUCAAGAAGAAUACAUGGGAGAUAUUUUAGAGAAACGAAAUUGGGAAAGUGAAAAAUGGAAAUUUGACUCAAAGAAUCAGAUCAAGCUGAUAUCAGAAUUAACUGGUAAAGCUUUACGUAUUAAAGGAGAUGGUAGUGUGGAUGCUAUGGGUGACCUAAAAGAAGAAUGGGUUGUAUUUAAUGUUACUGCUAAGAAGAGUAUGGUCAGAUCUUUUGGUAGUUUGUUGAAUAAAAAUUAUCAUCUAGCUAUUGAUAAUGGUAGAACUGUUGGCCAUGGUAAAGGGGGAGCCUACUGUGAUUUCCGUAUUCAUGUACAACAUGAUUUAACAGUCUUAUUAGAAUCUGUCAAAUAUCCUCUACAAUUUCUAACGUUACUAGAUAAUGGCCGACCAGCUGACCCUAGAGGUGGUGUAGAUACCGACAGUUCGAGGAUCUUUUAUGUUUAUUGUAAGGGAAUGUUCCGUAAUAGAGGCGUCAUCAUGUUACGUACGUCUAAAACACAGACACUGGCUCAAGAUUCAGAAGAAGGAAUGUAUGGUACAGGAAAGAUCAAUCGUACCGCUCAUUUUAAAGUUCAUAAAGUAGCUGAAAAUGGUGUUAGAAUGUUUGAAAGUUUAAUCAAUCCUGGUCGAUUUAUUCGCAUGCAAGAUAAAAGAAUUGACUGUCAAGGAGGGAAAGAUGAAGACUCACAUUUUAUUGUUGCAAAAUAUCCAGAUAAAGGUUAUAUUACGUUAGAAUCAGCCACACAACGUGGAUUAUUUAUAGGAUUAACACCAGAUGGAGAAUUAAAACCAACAGUUGAUACUGGAGGAAAGAAUGUCUGCUUAUAUCCAGAAGUUAUAGAAUUUGGAAUACCCAAGAGAAGAAAUCUGGAUUAUGACUAUGAUAAUUAUGACGAUCAUAGCCAAGCUCAAACUCACAGAUCACCCAGAACACCCAAAACACCCAGAUCUUCGAGAUUAGAGGAUGGUAUGUGGAAGAUUACAGUAUCUUCAGCUGAAACUUUAAAAAAUGGUGAUGUUAGUCUGGUUGCCUAUGGUGAUAAGGGUAAUACAGGACCAAUAACCCUAGCAGCACCAGCAAAGAAUGGUCCCAUAUUCCAAAGUGGGAGUGUUGAUGAAUUUACUGCUAACUUGUCAAAAGCUGGCAAACUUUUCAAAGUUCGUUUGGAAGUCGAACCCAAAAAUAAAAACAAUGAUGCCUUGUGGAAAGUACGAGAAGUCAAGAUGGAGGACUUAAAAUCUAAAGAAAUUAUAAAAUUAACUUUCAAUCGAUGGUUGUCUCCUAUACAUGAUGAUGGGUCUAUAGUACGAGAACUUCCUGUUGCUGAAGAUGAGGAUGACAAAUUACCUGUAUUAACAUAUAGUGUUAUGGUAUAUACUGGUAAAGAAAAGGGUGCUGCUACAGCUGCUAAUGUCUAUGUAAAUCUAUUUGGUGAAAAUGGUGACUGUGGUAGAAGAUUAUUACAUCAGACAAAAAAUAGCAAAAAGUUCCAAGCUGGUCAAGUUGACGUGUUUGAAGUUGAAGGUGUUUAUCUAGGACGUCUGUCCAAAUGUCUGGUCGGACAUGAUGGUACAGGAGCUGGAGAUGGCUGGUUCUUAGAUAAAAUUGUUGUUAGAGAAAGUUCAACAUCUAAAGUUGAAUAUGUCUUCCCCUGUAAUAAAUGGCUAGAUUCGGGUAAAGAUGAUAGAAUAAUAGAGAGAAUGUUACCAGUUAGCGAUGCGGUAAUUCCUGUUCCACCUUCUGAAAUUAAAGUAAGAGAUACUGCUGUAAACACCACCUCUGAUGAGUCUGUUCACAAAUCCCAAACAAAAUCAAAUCUAAGCGUUCCUUCACAACCCCCUUCUAAUCCUAAUAAGUCAGAAAGUUCUAGAAGUCCAAGACCAACUUCAACUAAGGUUAAUUCCAAAAAUAGUAUGAAUAGAAGGAGAAAUAGUAAUAAUGGAAAUGGAACUGAUUUUCAGAGAACCAUUUCAUUAAGUCCAUCUAGUCCCACUGAUAUACCCUCCAAGUAUGCUGUGUUACCUCCUAUCAGUGGUAGCAAAGAGGAGGAAGUCUCUCAAGCUAAAGAUGAAACGGAAAAUGGUGCUAACUCACUAUCAAAAAGUGACAGUAUCUUUGAAUCCCAGGAAUUAGACUCCAUAGAGGAGGAAGAGGAGGAAGAAAUUGUUCUACCCGUGCCAGAAAAAUCAGAAACGAUCCAUACACAGGUUUCACAGCUGCAAGACAAUCUGGGAUCAGAAGAUAAAGAUUCUCCCAACAAAGAGAAAACCGAAAUUCUAGAUAAAGAAGCUUCCAUCAAUUCGUCAGGACCUGAAGUAGAAGGAAAUGAUGAAACGGAAGAAGUUCACACAGAAAUUCCUGAAAAGGAGGGUAGCAUUGAUUCACCAAAACCUAUAGAAGAAACUAAUAAGACACCAAAACCUUUAGAUGCUAUGGAAGAAAAUAAUAAGACACCAAAACCUUCAGACGCUGUAAAAGAAAAUAAUAAGACAUCAACAGCAGAUGAUGAAACUCACUCAGUAUCAGAACAGCAGGAUGAGCAGGCACCAGAUUCAGAAAACAAUCCAAGUGUUUCAGAAAAACCUGAAGGAACAUCAUCAGAAGAUAGAUUGCCACCACUAGGACAAAGUCCAGAUUUAGUUGAAGAAUCUAGUCCAGAGGAGCUGACAGAAAAUAAUGACACCAACAAAGAUUUUCAAACUAAGGGAAGAGAAUCUCAAGAAGUUACAAUAAAUGAGGAUCCUGAAGAAUCAACACACCCAGAAAAAUCAGAUGUGGGUAAAGUAAGUGAUGAUCGAACAGACACAGUUCCUGAUCAACCUGAUCACGAAAAAGAUCGAAUUGAGGAUUCAAAAUCUGUUAAAUCAGAUCAUUACGGUGAAGUAGAACAAGAUGAGGUCACAGAAAGAACUGAACCCGAAGAUGCAUCAGAGGUAGUUCCUCAGGUAGAAAAGAUUGACAGUGAUAGAAAUACGGAUAAUGAUGAUGAAUAUGUGCAACCAGUGACAGAAAAUGAGGAUAAUGAUGAUGAAUAUGUGCAACCAGUGACAGAAAUUGAGGAUAAUGAUCAAGCAAUAUCAAACAAUACAGCUGAAUCAGAUUUCAACCAAACUGAAGAAACAGAACAAAGUACACAAGAUACAUCGCCUGUCAUAGAAGAAUCUUUGGAUUCUAAAAUACCAUUAGCUGACUCAAAAGAUUUACAACAGCAAAUUGAAAAUGAAAAUUCUAUAGAAAAGGCUAAUGACUCAGAAGAAAUUGCUACACCUAAAGAAACAAAUGCAAUGCUUGAAAGAACUGUUGCAAAGGAACCAUUACAAGAAAAACCAAAAGAUGGCGAUUGGAAGGUUUAUGUUACUACUGGUAAUCAACAAGAUAUGGGUACAGAUAACAAGAUAGAACUAUAUGUAUAUGGUAGUGGUGAGGUUAGAGGUCCUAUACCAUUAGGUGUUGGUAAAAAAGGUGGACCAUUCCAAUCUGGACAAACAGAUGAAAUCAAGGUAAAUUUAGGUACUAAACUAAAAGAAUUACAGAAAAUAAGAAUUGGUUUUGAUGGAAGAACACAUGGGGACUGGUUUUUGGAAGAGGUCAAGCUCGAAAAUCUGUCAAAUAAGGAAGAAUAUCAGUUUAAAAUAAAACGUUGGCUUUCAAAAUCCCAUGAUGAUGGAGAUACAUGGCGUGAGGCAGCUGUAGUUAAGAAAGGGGAAGCUACUCCCAUUAAUGCUAUUUAUACUGUAGAAGUAACAACUGGUAAUCUACCUAAAGCUGAUACAUCAGCUGAUGUUUAUAUCAAUAUAUAUGGUAAAAAAGCGGACUGUGGUAAAAGAUAUUUACAUGCACCAAAUUAUAAAGAUAAACCAUUCCAGAUAGGCAAGACAAAUAUAUUUGAGAUAGAAGCUGUACCAUUGGGUGAAUUUGAUAAAAUUAUUGUUGGCCAUACUGGUAAAGCUAUAGGUGCUGGAUGGUUUCUAGAGAAAAUUAUAAUCACUGAUAUUAAUGGUGAAGAAUCUCAUUUCAUAUGUAAUAAAUGGUUAGAUAGUGGAAAGGGUGACAAGAAAAUAGAAAGAGUUAUCUACCCUGAUUCAUUAAAGACUAAAACCCCAGUUCCAGCAACUAGUAAAAUAAAGAAAGAUAAACCAGUACAAGUUAAAUCAACACCAGUUCAACCAGCUGCUAAAAAAGCAGUUAAAACAUCUCCCAAACCAGUAUCUACAUCAGAUCGUAUUUACCAACUAUGGGUAAAAACAUUGAAAGAUUCUAAACCGGCUAAUGGAGGAUCUGUGAGUAUAACGGCUUAUGGUAGUGAAGGUAAAAGUCAUAUGAUAGAAUUAUUACCAGAACCGGGAUCAAAGGAGAAAUUAUUUGAACCAGGAAAUGUCGAUGAAUUUGAGGUAAAUGUGGGUGAUAUUGGUGAGAUAUAUAAACUACAAGUUACAAGAGAUGAUACAUUAACAUGGGAGGGCUGGCAUUUAGAGGAGAUCCGUUUAUUAGAUAAAACAAGUAAAGAGGAAGCUGUGUUUGAAUAUAAUUGUUGGUUGUUAAGAAAUGAUGAUGGUAAUAGUCUGGUACAAGAACUUCCUGUAUAUAAACAGAAUAAACCACUUCACCCAGUGCAUACCUAUAGAUUAUCAUUAUAUACUGGAGAUCAUUGGGCUGGUGAAACUGAUUCUAAUGUUUUUAUCACUAUAUUUGGUCGUCAUGGAGAUACUGGAAAACGUGGCUUUUACCAACCAAUAAAGAAACCAUUAAAAUUCCGCAAAGGACAGAUUGAAACAUUUGACGUACAAGCUGUAGAUUUAGAUGAUUUAGAAAAGAUUGUGGUCGGCCAUGAUGGUAAAGGUCAUGGAGCAGGCUGGUAUUUAGACAAGAUAACUGUAACAGAAACAACUGGUGAUAAAUCACACAUGCAGUAUAUAUUUCCUUGUGGUAAAUGGUUAGAUGAAGGUGAAGGUGAUGGAUUAACAGAGAGAGAACUUAGACUACUAGAUCAGAAUAAUUCAAAAGAAAGAGCUUCUACUCGUAGCAAAUCACAAUCACAAGGUAAAUGGAAAGUACUUGUUAAAACCAGUGAUAUAGAAGAUGCUGGAACUAAAGCUAGAGUCUAUUUGACGGUAUUUGGUAGUAAAGAUAAUACAGAUACUAUACCACUAGGUGAUGGUGGAGUUCAUUCAACAGAUUUUGAUCGAGGAAACGAAACAGAUUUUAUGAUAUCAGUUGGUGAUAUAGGAGAUGUAAUAAAAAUAAGAUUAGAACAUAAUAAUGAAGGUCCAGAACCAUCCUGGCAUUUAGAUUGGCUAAAAUUGACCAGGGAAGAUACAGGAGAAGAAUUAGUUUUCUAUGGUGACUGUUGGUUGGCUGAAGAUCAAGGAGAUAAACAGAUUUGUAGAGAACUACCGUUUGUUAAAUUUGGGCAGACACCAUUAGCAGUCUUGCAGUACAUAGUUUGUAUGCAGACAGGUAAAGACAGAGAAGCAGAAGCUACAGAUUCUAUUGUAUCCAUCAAUAUUAUUGGUCAGAAGGGUGAAACUGGUAUUCGGCCAUUGGUUAAUUCUAUUAGUGGAAACAAUAUUUUAUGGAAAUCUGGAGAUGUUGAUUAUUUUAUGAUAGAGGCAGCAGAUGUGGGCAAAAUUAACAAAAUAAGAGUUGUAUUUGAUGGAGAUGACAAAGAGAACAACUGGUAUCUAGAAAGUGUUUGUAUACGAGAAGGACCAUCAUCUAUAUUGGAAUCUAUGUUUCAAUGUCAACAGUGGUUUGAAGUAAAGAAUAAAUCUGAUGAUGUAGCAAUAGAAUUCUACCCAAAAGAAAUCAAAAUUGCUAGUGCCUUGCCUAAUAAUUUAACAAAUACCUUACCUUGUAAGAAAUUUAAAGCGUCAAAAGGAAAUUGGUCUAUUACCAGUUACAUUGGUUCACAGACUGAUGCUGGAACAAAUGAUCCUGUCUAUCUAACUGUGUUUGGAUCUUCAAGCCACAGCAGCCCAAUACAAAUUAAUAAGUCUGGGGCCUUCAAGCCUAAUUCAGUUGUUAAAACACAGAUGACUUUAAAAGACAUUGGAAGUAUAUAUAAGAUUGCUGUAUCCCUACAUCCAUCAUCAAAGAGAUCUGCCCUCUUUCUUAACAGAUUAAAAUUGAAAGAUGAUGAUAGCCAAGAAGAAUUUAAUUUUGAAUAUAAUGAUUGGAUUAAGACCAGUGAUGAAAGUCCAGAAGGAACAGUUUAUCUACCAGCUAUACGACCUGACAUUCCACCAUAUCCAGAAACCACUUAUCUAGUCAAAGUAACAACAGGAAAUAUUUCACUGGCAGAAACAGAUGCUCGAAUAUUCUGUAAUCUCAUUGGUCAUCUAGGAGAAUCAGGAGAGAUGCCCUUAACCAAAGCCACCAAUGGAAAAGCAGAACUAUUCGAGAGAGGACAGCUUAAUAUUUUUGAAGUCAGUACAUUAGAUAUUGGUAAUGUUAAAAGGAUGAUAAUUGGUCAUAAAGAAAUAGGGCGUGGCUGUGGAUGGUAUUGUGAAAAGGUGAUUGUUUCUCCCAAAACCAAAGGAGCUGCAGAGACAAUUUUCAUUUGUGAUAGAUGGUUUGAUUCUGGUUGUGAUGAUCGUAACCUAAUGAAAGAAUUCUCUCCCCUUGCUAGUCUUCUUCCUCAAGACACCAUACCCCAACCUGUAAAAACUAAAUCAAAGGGUAUAUGGAUGUGUACAGUUAUAACGGCUGAUGAAGAUAAAAGAUCCUUAUCUGUUACUUCAUCAAAUAAAAAUAAACAAGUCUCCAUUCUUAUACAUGGUAAUAAGAAUGUAUUUGGACCCAAGGAACUUAGUGAUAAAAAUCGAGAUUUGUUUCAACCUGGACAAAAGGAUAUAUUCCAUGGUUUAAAACUUGAUUCUGUUGGUGAAGUACAGAAAAUACAAGUCAGUCUGGGAGACAAUGAUUCUCCUUCUGAAUGGUUCAUUCAAGAGGUUUUACUUAGAGAUGAAGAAACAGGAGAAGUUCUACGAUUUGACUUUAGUCGUUGGGUUGGGGAGAUCGGUGCUGAUUUGAAAAAAGAAAUGCCUGUCAUUAAGUCAGUUGAUAAUUUUAACAAAGUUCUACCAUAUCAAGUUACUGUUCAUACGUCUGAAAAGAAAGGGGCUGGUACAAAUUCACAUAUCUGUGUAACACUGUAUGGUAAAAACUCUAACAGCGGAAGACAUAAAUUGUUGAAUGAAAAAUCACAGCCAGUUUUUAUUAAACCUGGACAGGUUGACAAACUUCAGAUUGAAUGUGUUGACCUUGGUGACCUUGAGAAAGUUGUAGUUUGGAAAGGACCAGGAGAACCAUGGUUACUAGAGAGAAUUAUUGUUAAAAAACAACAAUACUCAUCAGAAGAAUAUGUCUUCGAAUUUAACAGAUGGUUAAGUAAAGAUAGUAGAACUCGGGAAGAAGAAGAUACUCAAACUCUAACCAGAUUACAGCCUAGUAAUAUAGUAGCACCAUUAGAUAAAUCUACUAAACAACAAACUUCACGUGGUCGAUACGAGAUACAAACCAUAACAGCAGGUGGACAAUCAUAUACUAAGAUAUCUGAUAUAGUUGUUGUCUUCUGUGGUGACAAAAGUGAAAGUUCACCAUUGCAGUUAGAUCCACAAUCUACAGCCAAUUUCGAGCCAAAUCAAACAAAACGUUUUCAGGUACAUGUUAAAGAUGAUGUUGGAGAAUUAUAUAAAAUGAGAGUUGGUUAUUUUGACAACAGCCAGCCAAAAACCUGGAAUUUAGAAAAGAUGAUAGUACAAGAUGUUGAUAGUAAAGAUAGAUUCUAUCACAUAUUUAAUGAUGGUAUUGAUGUUGAUGAUAAGCUAGAUGGCUGGAAAGAAUUUCCUGUAGAAUGGCCAGCAAUAGCCCCUCUUCCAGUCAUAAAUUACCAAAUUGAACUACAUGGUGAUACUAAAAAGCCACCAAAUAAAAACCAGUUGAUGUGUCAAUUAUUUGGAGAGAAAGGUUCAACAGGGGAGAGAAUUCUGAAAAAAGUUGUUUCUCAACAAAAACAGGUAUUUUUAUAUCAACUUGAAGCAGUCAGCUUGUUGAACAUCUAUCAAGUCAAGUUAGGACAUAAAAACAAAAAGAAAGGUGGAGGUUUCCACUUACAGAAAUUACUGGUUAAAGAACCACAAAGAGGUGGAAGAGAAUUUAUAUUUGAAUGUAACCAAUGGUUUGAUGUCGGAGAAGGUGAUCAAAUGAUAGAGAGAAUAUUAUCUACAGCACAAGGUAGACCAGCUCCAGUAGCAUCACCUGUUAAAACUGCACCAGCACCAACUCCUAAACCUACCCCAGCACCUAAAUCACCAGAAAAGAAGCAAACACCAAAUGGUGAUUGGAAAAUAGAAAUACAAACAUCAGAAGUAGAUGAUGCAGGUACAGAUUCUAAUGUUAUGUUAACUGUAUUUGGUAACGAUGGUAACUCUGGUCCAUUACCGCUUGGCGAAAAAGGAAUUGGCUUCUUUGAAUUUGGACAAUCUGAUGAAUUUGAGAUCUGGUUAGAGCCAUCUGAUAUUGGUAAAAUCAGGAAGAUUCGAUUAGAACAUGAUAAUUCUGGUCAUGGACCUGGCUGGCAUGUGGACAAGGUUAUUAUGUCGAACUUGGGUAGUAAAGAAGAGAUUAUAUUUCCUAUCAAUAGAUGGUUAUCAUAUGAUGAUAAGUAUGGUGAUAUUGUUGUAGAAGUUCCAGCAGAUAUACCAAAUUCUAAAGUACCAGAAGUGUACAGAUAUUAUGUUGAAACUAUCACAAGUAAUGAUUGGGGUUCUGGUACUGAUUCCAAUGUCUAUAUAAAUAUCAUCGGUAGUCUGGGCGAUACUGGUAUACGAUUUCUAAAAAAUAGCUUGGAAGACAAGAACAAGUUUGAAUCGGGAUCGACUGAUAGUUUUGAGAUAGAAGCUGUUGACAUUGGGAAGAUCCAGAAGAUCAUUAUAGGCCAUGAUGGAUUUGGAGCAGGAGCUGGUUGGAAAUUGGAUAAAGUAAAUGUUAGACAAUCAAGAACAUCCAGUGAAGUCUUUGUUUUCCAGUAUAACAAGUGGUUAGAUGAAGAUAAGGAUGACAGAAAGAUUGAAACUGAACUUAAACUUACAAAAACUCUUACAGAUAAUAAAGCUAAACUUAACUUUUAGACUUGAAUAAUAAAUUAUUAAUGAUCUGCAUUCACUAGAUACACCGCUGCUAUUACAAAUGUUAAAGUUUACAGUACUUAAACUAUCACUUAAGUGGUAAAUCUAAAAUUAAGAUUUAAAGGUCACCAGUAAAGCUUUAUAAAUUUUUUAAAUAAUGCAAGUAAUUAUGUCAACAUAUGAGCAGAAGGACUAAAAUGAUCUCAGAUUGUUUUUUGACCGAAAGUUACGACUACUCACGGAGAAUGUAGGAUUAUACUUAUGGAAAGGAUAUGUUGACAUAAUUACUUGCAUUAUUUUAAAAAAAAAUUUGAAGCUUUCUGGUAACCUUUACUUUAAACAUAUAUUAUGCAAGAGCUAAAUCUGUCUAUUGCAGGCCUUUUCUUAGGCCUGAAAUGUUAUCUAAAUUAUUAAUUAGACAUUAAUUAACCUAUCCAGACCAUAAUCAACUCUAGAUGGCAUCACUAGCUUGUGAUCUUUAGUGGAUUAUGAGUCGAUUUACUGCAUAACUUUCCUUCACGAUUUAACGAUUAAAUGGAUAAUCGAGACUAUGCUGUUUAUCCUACUGACUUUAGUAAUGAUGAUCAAGGCUAGCCGGAAAUUUCAACCACUUAGUUCUCGGUUCAGAGUGGAUCAAUUGGAAUGAAUUUCCUGCAAAUUGCCUUUACAUUAUCUAGUUUUUAACUAUUACAGUGAGAACUGCCAACUCGUUAUCAUAUCUCCCAUAAUGUAUCUUUAAACUUAUAUUUGAUAAUAAAGUUAAAAUUAGCAUUUGACUUUAUAGCUUAAACUGUCAUGUAAAUCUAAGCAAAAUAUUUUAACUUAAUAAAACUGUCACAGAUACUUAAGCUCACCUUACAGGAGCAGUUUUCACAUGUACACUGUUUUUAGUGGGUGUAAGUAAUGCAAAUCAAACAUGUGACAUAAUAGCCUAUAUAUGAUAUUGGUAUUUGUGACGAUUGUCAUUUUAUCUACCUGUAUAAGAAUAAAAAUCGUUAUACCCCUUUUAACUGAACCGUUACAAAAGUCUAGACACCAUAAUUAAAAUCUGAUCCAUUUAUAAGUUGCAUUAAAACUGGUAAUAAUGUGAGAGGCCAACAUUUUUAGACCAUGUUUUUUAUCUGUCUAUGUGAGUCUGGCAGUGACAUUUCAUUAUGGUCUAAAAGUUUCAACUCAAAACUUAUGUACGGUAACUCAUAAAGAAAUUUCAUUGUUCAUUUGAAUGAGUGUAGAAUUUAAGGACUUGCAACCAAACCCCAAUUGUAAGUAAACUGGAAGUUUGUAUUCCUUCCAAAAAUAAUCACAGAGCUUUAGAUAGUCUGAGGGUUGAAAUUUACACUGAGAAUUAACCAGUUUCAUUGGUUAAAAUAUCUCUCAAAUUUGGUUAUUCUUGCGUUUAAAGCUCCAAUUUAUUCAUGCAAUGUUAAUUUUUAUUUUGAUAGGUAACACUAUACCUAAAUAUCUCAUUUAAUUUUUUUUUCACAAACUAAUUAAAAUUAGAUGUUUAUUUUGUUCGGAUAUAAAUAGUAUUGAUGAUCUACAGACUCUACACAACAUAAAGAUCUAACUUCUUCUCGAGUUAGCUGUUAUUAUUGGUCUUCACUACGUAAAGAUAUAACUUCUUCUUGAUAAGUUAGCUGCUCUCUUUGAAGUUUUAUUUGAGAUCUUAUUAUUGGUUAAAUACAUUAGUGCCAAAGAAAAAGCAUCCCUUCAUUGGCAAGAUUGGGAUUCUUUCAAACACCACUUCCAUAUACAUAUAUGUCAUCAAGUGUCACCAAACAUUGAUUAAUACUAAUGGAAAAUCUAUGCUAAAUUGCAUAUUACCAAAGUUUUUAUAAUUUCAAUUUUUCAAGUCAUAUUCUUUCUAAAUCUAUUUUCUUUUUGACUUGUGAAAAUAUUUUAUUGUUUGUAAAUAUUUGUGUGUCAACAUGAACAACCUGAUAGAAUAAAUCAGUAUAUUUCUCCUGUUUUUGGUAAACAUAGUCGAUUAAUCUGAAGUGUGUGUAAGUACACAGUCAGGUUAAUUCACUUGUUUGUUUUGAUAUCAAUAUACAAUCAUAUUGUUUGCUAGAUUAAUGAAAUUUAGAGUGACAUCUAGUAAUAGACUAGAGUAAUUUACCUUGACAUAAGUGUAUAUUAUACUAUAUUAAACUUCAAAAAACUUUGUUUGCUCCUAUACCGAUAGGGCAUUAUCACAAUGGGGAUACCAUAUGGAUCUGCUAGAUGAUAUGAUGUAUUAAAGUAAUUAGACUUUGUGAUACUUGUCAGCUUCAGUAAAUCAUCAACUUUCACUAUUAUAUGUAACCAAGCUUGUCUUAUACAGUUUUAUAGCCAGCGUGGGUGAAUUUACUGUAUAUCCUGAUUAGCCCCUGUCCAUGACAAAUCUCCAUGACAUAAUUAUAAUAUUGCAUAGUUUUUAGAAGAUAAUAAAUCAAAUUGCUUGAUUUUGUUAAAAAUAUUAUUUAAACAAAAUGAUUAUCUGCAAGUAUAAUCAUUGGAUAAAAUGCUAUAAUCAUUUUAGACAUUUUAUUUUCAUUUUUAUUUAGCUGAUCAUUUUGUUUGGUAAAUGUUAAAAUUUGGGGUACAUUAAUUUAUAUUUAAAUGCGAUAAGUUUUGAAAAAAAAUGCACCUAGAUUACAUGUAAAUUUUAUAAUAAUUUUUUUGGGGGGUAUAUUAACUUAUAUCUUACAUAUAUAUGCACAUUGUGUUUACAAACAAACUGGUUUUGUCCUUGCUAAAACAAUGAAUAAUAAUGUUUAUAGAUUCAAAUUAUAGCACUUUGCAUCCUGUACCUAUUGUAAUUGCAUAUUAAUGUUCCGGUUAGUUAAGUUAUUUAUUACAAUCCAUUUGUUACCUUUUUUCAUAAUUUUGUUUUUAUUAUGUUUUUCUUUUGUUGAUGUACAGAUAUAUAGAAUAGAUAUGAUUAUUUUACAUGACACCAUGUACAUGUAGUUCUGUUAUAUAUGUUACUAGUAAUUUAUUAAUAAAACUAUAAAUCCCUUUAUGAUAUAAAACUGUGAUAUUAAUAUACAUGUAUAUUCUUUUGAAAUAAAUAAAUCUUUAAAAAAUA